UCACUGAUCUGCUCUGAAUGUCUAAACCAGGACAGGGGUGUUCUCCAUCCUAAACAUGGGGCAGCAUGGUUACCCCAGAGUGCAAAAUACUGGGCACAAGCUGACCACAACAGCUUGCCCCCCUGUGUAUUGAAUCACCCCUGCCCCCAAAAUUCCCAAGGGGUUGGGGGGUGGGGGACUAUAGCAGCUACUUCAGGAACAAGAGAAGAGGAGACAGCUGUGACCUCCCUUAAUCUGAAGAUCAGUAGCACUUGUGAAUCAGUGGAUCAUGGCAGACAAAGUGGCCCCCAGUCCUCCUGAUGAAGGGCAGCUUGUGCAGGAUUCAACACUUCUCAGCACACACCUAAAGAAGGUGGAAAACCAUAUUACAGAUGCACGGCGCUUCUCCCACCUGCCCAAAAGGUCAUCUGUGGAUAUUGAGUUCAAGGAUCUGUCCUACUCUGUUAGAGAAGGACCCUGGUGGAGGAAGAGAGGAUACAAAACUCUUCUGAAGUGCUUGUCUGGCAGAUUCUGCAGUCAGGAACUUAUUGGGAUCAUGGGACCUUCAGGGGCUGGGAAAUCCACACUAAUGAAUAUUUUGGCAGGAUACAGGGACAGCGGCAUGACAGGUCAGGUUCUGGUGAAUGAGAAAGUGAGGGAUCGCCGCAAAUUCCGGAAAAUGUCAUGUUACAUCAUGCAGGAUGACAUGUUAUUGCCACAUCUCACUGUUAAAGAAGCCAUGAUGGUUUCCACCAAUUUGAAGCUCAAUGAAAAGCUGGAGGUGAAAAAGAAACUGGUAAAUGAGAUUCUGACAGCACUUGGUCUCCUGGAGUGUUCUGGAACGCGCACACUGAAUCUCUCUGGAGGUCAACGUAAACGCCUGGCUAUAGCUCUGGAGUUGGUCAAUAACCCACCUGUCAUGUUCUUUGAUGAGCCCACCAGUGGUCUGGACAGUGCAUCGUGUUUCCAGGUGGUAUCUCUCUUAAGUUCCUUGGCACAGGGAGGUCGUACAAUCAUCUGCACCAUACACCAACCGAGUGCAAAGCUCUUUGAGAUGUUUGACAAGCUGUAUAUCCUCAGCCAAGGACAGUGUAUAUAUCGAGGGUCUGUAAAUCAACUAAUUCCAUAUCUGAAGGGCCUGGGACUGCACUGUCCAACAUACCACAACCCUGCCGACUUCAUUAUUGAGCUGGCGUCAGGAGAGUAUGGAGAUUUGAAUCCGGUGUUAUUUCGAGCUGUGGAGGAUGGGCUGUGCCCCAUCACCCGGGAAAAAAAUAAGCCAUCCAGGAAGGAGCUUGACAACUGCACCAAUAAGAUAUGAACACUGUCCAUGGAAUUAUUUCUUUUUUGUCAACAGGAUGUCUCUGGUCACAUAGAGAGUCAGACAUUUGCAACCAGCUCCUUGAACCAAUUCUGCAUCCUCUUCAAACGCACGUUCAUCUCAAUCCUCAGAGACACGGUCCUCACUCACCUGCGUUUCAUGUCUCACCUAUGCAUCGGGGUUCUGAUUGGCUUGCUGUACCUUAACAUUGGGAAUGAUGCCAGCAAAGUGUUUAAUAACACAGGCUUCCUGUUCUUCUCCAUGCUGUUCCUCAUGUUUGCAGCUCUGAUGCCCACUGUGCUGACGUUCCCGCUGGAGAUGUCAGUCUUUCGUAGAGAGCAUUUGAAUUACUGGUACAGCCUGAAAUCCUAUUACUUGGCCAAGACAAUGGCUGAUAUUCCUUUCCAGGUGAUUUGUCCCAUGGCAUAUUGCAGCAUUGUGUACUGGAUGACUAGUCAGCCCCCUGAAGCCUCUCGCUUCCUUCUGUUCUCUGCACUCUCCACUUCAACUGCCCUGGUUGCACAGUCUUUGGGGCUUCUUAUUGGCGCUGCUUCCAACUCCUUACAGGUUGCAACUUUUGUGGGUCCAGUCACUGCAAUCCCUGUGCUGCUGUUCUCAGGCUUCUUUGUAAGCUUCAAAACCAUCCCAACAUAUUUGCAGUGGAGUUCCUACAUCUCAUAUGUCAGGUAUGGCUUUGAGGGGGUUAUUCUUGCAAUCUACAGUAUGGACCGUGCCCCUCUGCAAUGCCGUGAACCUCCCUGUACUUUCCAGCUGCCCCAGCAGGUUCUGCAGGAGCUGGACGUAGAAGAUGCAAAGUUGUAUGUUGAUUUUUUGGUGCUUGGUGGCUUUUUCAUAGGGCUGCGACUCCUUGCAUACCUUGUGCUGCGCUACCGUGUCAAGUCAGAGAGGUAGAAGGUAGAAAACUUGCAGGACUACAAAACACACACAGGUUAACACCUUGAACCCCGAACACAGGGAACUAUCUACAGGAGAUUCAAAGCCACAUGUCCCCUUUGUCUCACAUUCACCUCUUGUCUAAUAACUUUCUUUUUAGAGUAAUCACUGGUCGUAUCUUUGUCUCCUUAACUUUGUAGUCUCCCUCCUUUACUUUUCUUCAUGCUGUUUUGCCACCAUCUUAUAUUUGUCUUUCUAAUUUGUCAAAUAUAAUUUCCUCUUUUCUCUAAACCUAUACCUUCCAUUUCUUCAUGUUACCAAGUAAAUCAUUUUUCCCCUUUGUUUAAUCUUACUGUUCACAUCAGUUAUUCUCCAGUUUAUUUUGCCACAAUGUUUCAAGAAGAAACAAGGAGAUAGGUACCCGCACAAAGGAGGUAAGACUCGUUUGUCGACCAAAUGCACUUAUGCUAAGCUUACAGCUAACCAUCUUCUAUGAAAACUUGUAACAAUUUGAAUGGGAUUUCCUGUGGUUCAAGGAGGUAGAUAAAAAGACACGUUCUCAUACUGGAAUAUUUUCCUUCUGUAGGACUGUUAUUUUUCAGGGCUCCAAUAAUGAAAAGUUUACCAAAACGUUUGCCUGAGACACUGAAGCUCAUAAUGACUUUUGGAAGGAAGGAUCUUGAUGUUCACCGACUAAAUGUAUGACAUGCAAAAUUCAUUCACUGUUCUUUUAAGAACCAAUGAAGCCAUCUUCCCAGCUGCUGCUAAUGUUUCCCUAAAAUGUCUCCACUCCAUGCUGUGAAUGGCUACAGUCUCACUCAGCUGAUGCACCUAAGCCAAAACUUUUCAGGUGCUAUCUUAAAAUGUAUAACAAUUAGUCAAUUUACUGCUUGAAUGCCCAUUAUUGAGUUUAUGAAUGACUUAUCUUUGUGAAUGCCAUUUAUCAAGAAAUGUCCACUGCCUGCCAUAACUAUAUUUGCGAUCGCACGUGAAUGUUGACUUAUUUAUUCCAGAAAACUACUGAGGCACUCCUAGGAAUUUUCUCAUACCCUUCAAUUAUGGAAUCAAUAAUAACUUCUCAAAGAGAUCUUCUGACCAAGAUAAUGGAACUGACAUUAACUUUGCCCAAACAUGGCAGGGAUGGGACAUUUGUCUCUGUUGCUUCCUCACAUAAAUGCCUCCCACACACAUUCUGCAGAUUUCAUCAAGUGGAUAAGUUAUAUUGACUUUGAAUGAGACUUUGGGAUAGAGGAGUGGGUCUCAAACUUGCAAGAAGGCCUAAAACUUUUGAAGUUCAUUUAUCCCUUCACUGCCUCAGGAAGGCUGGAUUCUAUAUAUUUACAUGUGUUAAAUAAAAUUAAAGCUAUAUAUGAAAACA